CUGUCAUCUUCACGGUCUCAGGCAGCAUGUUGACGGGAUCCUAUCGUGCCACUGUCGAGGGAGAAAUGGCGAGAGCCAGUGUCAAAAUUCGAGAACAUCUAUCUUUGGAUGCAGAGUAACCUGAUGUUUCACAGCUGUAAAUAGUUUUGGAGUCUUGGUUCAUUGUAUUCAGCCUACAGGGCACGCGCUACACUUUGGCGGUGGUGACAGUUAAUCUAUCUGAGCUGGGUUCUCGGCCAGUGCAAUCUAAGGAAUUGAUCGUUAUACAGGACUAUAUACCUGCAACUUGUUCCCAGAACCGUGGAGCCUGACUCCCGUUGGAUGUAACGUUGAGCGGAGUGACGCGGGUCGGUGUGCGGACAAAUAGAGCGGUGGCGGACCAAACGCACAACGUCCAAUUCAAUCUCCCUUCCCGUGUCCCUGUGCUCGGCCCGACUCAUAACGGAGAUGUUGCUCCUCGGAAUACUGCUCAACAUCUUCAUACGAGGUGUGGUCCCCUCCUUGUCGCCCCUCCCCCAUGGCUUUGUAGACUGUGUCGAGGCAGAGAGGGGGUGUAAGGAAGACCCCCGGUGUAAGGAGCUGUACAUGACCCUGGAGUACUGUGCAUCCGAGGAGGCGGUGGCUCCCCUGGGGAACAAGGCCAGCAUUGAGUGCCUGGAGGCCCUGAGCGGCCUGCACUACCUCCCUCUGUUGGCCUGCAAGUGUCAGCGCGGCGCACGCAGAGAGGAGCACUGCCUCAAAGUCUACUGGAGCAUCAGGAUCCUGCAGGGUUAUGAUGACUUUGACGGGUCUCCCUAUGAGGACUCGCCAGUGGAGUCUUCUCGAAUGGCCUCCUUAGUGGCAGCAGCCUCCUCUCUUCUUCUAGAUGGACAGAACGUAUGUCUGAAGGCAGCCCAGGACUGUGGUCUGUAUGAGAAAUGUGGUUCCCUGAGGUCUGAGUACGUCCUGGCCUGCACCAAGCAUGCCCCAGGCUCGGACCACUGCAACAGGCAGAAGUGCCUCCGGGCGCUGCGGCGCUUCCUGGAGCGCGUUCCGGAGGAGUACAGCCUGGGGUUGCUGUUCUGCCCCUGUACUGACAAACUGUGUGGGGAGAGACGCAGGAAGACCAUCGUACCUUCCUGUUCCUACCAGGAGAGAGACUUGAUACAGCCUAACUGUCUGCUUCUGCAAGGCUUCUGCAGGAGGGACCAAUUCUGCAGGUCCAGACUGGCUGAUUUCCAGCAUAACUGCCAGCCGUCUGGCCAUUCCCCUUCUGGCUGUAUCAGAGAGAGUGGAGCUGUGUGCCUCAAAUCCUACGCCGGACUGAUCGGCACCAUCAUGACCCCCAACUACGUCAGCAACAGCACUGUGGAAGUGGACUUGUGGUGCAACUGCGAGGGCAGUGGCAACCAAUGGCAGGACUGCCUGAGGAUUCAGCACAUGUUCACCAACAACGCCUGUCUGGAGAACUCCAUCAGUACCAUGGGUAUCUCCCCCCCUCGGCCAGUGGAGAGCACUUUUCCCCCGCCCUCUCGUCCCUCACCCUUGGACCAGCAGAAUGAGCUCAGCAACAACGCCCAGGAUGAGCUCAGCAACAACGCUGUGGAGCAGAGUGAGGAAGAGGAGGAUGUGAAGGAGGAGGAGGGGGGUCAGUUUGAUGUGAUCCCUCUCUAUGCUGAGAAGGCCACGGUGUCCAACCUGGGUUCUGGGGGUGGGGGGGUGUCCCCCCGUCUUUCCAUCGGCCCACCUCCCUCCCUGCUGCUGCUCCUUCUGCUACUGUCUGCCUCUCUGAGCUGGGGGUAAGAUGGGGGGGGGGCACCCCCUUCACACAGACAAGAGCCCCCACACAGACACAGAGAGAGAGAGAGAGAGAGAGAAAGAGAGAAUAAAAGAAAGAAAGGACCUUAUGCUUAUUUCUUCUCUCUUCCUUUUGAGACAGUCUUGUACAGUUUUCUUUGUCUUGCUUCACCUCCCACUUCAGGUGAUAGUUUUGUCCAAUGGAGACUUGUCGUGUAUGACAGACCGGGAUGAACCAACUCCAAAGUGACAGAGGGGGGUUCAACUGAGUGACUUGAUAUAUUAUAUGUAAUUUCCUCUUUUGGUGAAAACAUGUGACAUGUUACUAUGGGUCCGAUGGCGCUUCAGUAUAUCCAAGCUUAACUCUGUCCAUUCAUACCUCUAUCUCCAGUGAUGGAGAAGUGCUUUCAGUAAGUCAUGAAAAACUAGUCAGUGGUAUGAAGGAAUUAAUGUGCAUAUGUAGCAUCUCUAAACAUGUAGCUUGACAGAGUGUGUGUGUUCUGUCUGUGCCAGUGUGUGAGCGUUACGCAAAGAGUAGAGGGUUUUUCAGAAUCAUCUCGUCUCCCGCCUCAUACUCACCCCCGUCAGCAAUCACACACACACACACACACACAC